AUGGGGGAGAACGCGGCGGAGAGAAGAUCUGGUUGUGGUUUAUUGAGCGUAAUGUUCGGUAGACGUAACUUGUGGUCCAAGAAACCUACACCAACCGAUAACGGUAGCCAAAAAAGCACAUCAACCGCUACCAGCAACAUUCAGUUCACUAAAUCUCCCGGUAACGACUUAAAAAAGCCUCACGAUGACGUCAAGGUUACCAUAGACCCGAUCCACAACAACAAGAUUCAGAAUCAGAAUCAAAGAUCGGUCGUGCCAUCAAAACCCUCUUCUAAUCAAUACCCUAAUAACCAUCAACUAGGGACUUAUCAACAACAACAACAACGAAGUAGUUACAGCAACAAUAGUAAUAGCGUUGAUCCAUACAGAGGAGGACAAAGGAAAGUACCUAGAGAAGCCAUUGGUUUAUCAGGUGAGCUAGAAAGCAUGUUAAUCGACCAUCAAAAAUCAAAAGGAACCAACGGUUUGGUUCGUGCAUCUUCUAGCAAUGUUAUGUUAUACGGUAACCUAGGGAAUCUAAACCAGUCCGGACCAGCAACGACCCUAGGUUACGGUAAUGUUGGUGCAGGAGGAUAUGGUGCGACGAGGACCAAUGUGGCUGCUCCCGCAACGGUGACAACAAAGAGCCAAGAUCAGACAGGAUCUUUGUGUAGAGCAAUCUCAACAAGAAUGGAUCCAGAGACGUUGAAGAUAAUGGGUAAUGAAGAUUACAAGAAUGGGAACUUUGCUGAGGCUUUGGCUUUGUAUGAUGCAGCCAUUGCUAUUGAUCCUAACAAAGCUGCGUACCGUAGCAACAAGAGUGCUGCCUUGACUGCACUAGGUAGGAUUCUUGACGCGGUUUUUGAAUGUAGAGAAGCUAUCAGAAUCGAGCCUCAUUACCAUAGAGCACAUCAUCGGUUGGGUAACUUGUACCUCAGGUUAGGAGAAGUGGAAAAAUCAAUGUAUCAUUUCAAGCAUUCGGGUCCAGAGGCUGAUCCAGAAGACAUUGUAAAGGCGAAAGCUGUUCAGACACAUAUCACUAAGUGCACAGAAGCUAAGAGGUUACGAGAUUGGAAUGGUUUGAUCACGGAGACAACAAACACAAUCUCUUCAGGAGCUGAUGCAGCCCCACAGGUAUAUUCAUUGCAAGCAGAAGCAUUCUUAAAAACGCAUAGACAUCAAGAAGCAGAUGAGGCUUUGUCUAGAUGUCCGGUUUUCGAUGUGGAUACCAGUACUAGGUACUACGGACCGGUCGCUUACGCAGGUUUCUUGGUUGUCCGUGCUCAGGUGCACUUGGCUUCUGGCAGAUUCGAUGAAGCUGUGGAGGCUAUCCAACGCGCCGGGCAGCUAGAUGGGAAUAACCGAGAAGUGGCCAUGGUUUCACGGCGAGCUCAAGCGGUGACAGAAGCUCGGUUCAAAGGAAACGAGUUGUUUAAAGCUGGACGGUUCGAAGAGGCAUGUGCUGCUUAUGGCGAGGGACUAGACCAUGAUCCAAGAAACUCUGUUUUGCUAUGUAAUCGUGCAGCUUGUCGUUCGAAGUUAGGCCAGUUCGAAAAAUCUGUUGAAGAUUGCACGGCAGCUAUCUCUGUCCGGCCAGGAUACCGCAAAGCUCGCCUUAGAAGAGCUGAUUGUAACACUAAGAUGCGAAAGUGGGAGUUGGUAGUGGCAGACUACGAGAUAUUGAAAAAAGAGACUCCUGAGGAUGAGGAAGUGACCAGAGGAUUAUCAGAAGCACAACAACAACUCAUGAAACGUCGUGGCCAAGACUCCUGACUGAUUUCUGUGGGGGUAAAAUAUGGAAUGAGAAAAAAGAAAACACUGGCGGAAAAUUUCAUGUUUGAUUUUUGUUUUUGAGCCGGCAAGUGACACCUAAAUGACAAUCUUGUGGUUCUUUAAACUUUUUAUUUUGUUUUUUUUGGGUGAUUAAAUGUUGUAUAGGAAAUGAGAUUGUGGUGAUGCUGUAUUUAGAUUUUAAACACACAAUUUGUCCAUGGUAUAUCAAAAAGCUUAUAUUCUCG